AACAGGGUGGCAGCACUAUUAGAGUGUAACAGCGCUGCCACUAUAAAUAAACAUACACAAUAACAAAUUAGCUUGCAAAUAAUAGCAUUUUAUAAAAUAGUAUCAUUAUGGGAAAGUCAGAAGACCGCCGACCAAAGCGCAGCAAGCGACAAAAGCCUGCAAGGUUUGUGUCACCUACGGAGUCCCCACCAUCGCCGACUCAGGCAAAUUCUGUUUCAGAGACAGUCGAUGUGGCCACAACCCAGGCAGUCGUACCAACAACUGCCAAGCCUACAGUGUCAACUGCUCCAGUAAUCAAUAGUAAUAGCAGUAGCAAGACCAAUGAAGUGGCCAGUCAACGUACGCGACCAGCUGCCAGCACAAAAUCUUUGCCAGGCACCGCAACACCUCCAACCAAUUCCGCAAAGAAGCCGAGGAAACGUCGCAACAGCGAUACAUCAAGCGAUGAAGAACGCUGGCUGAAUGCCAUCGAAACUGGUAAACUUGAAGAUGUAGAUGAUGAGUUGAAAAAGAUAAAGGAUCCCAAGCUAAUGACAGCACGUCAACGUGCCAUGUAUGAACGGACGCAGGACACUGAGCCAGCGCUAGCGGGCUUUGUUGAGGAACUUAUUGCUCUGCCCAGCGGAUAUAGGGAGAAGGAAAAACCACAGACGGCAGAAGAGAUACAAAAGGCUGCACUGAAGUCACAAAAACGUAAGCAACAAGCAGAUGAGCGUCGUGAGAAGGACAAGCAAAAGACGAUGGAGCGCUUGCUGAAGAAGCAAGAAAACGGCAAACAACGCUCGGCAGCUCGUAAACAGCAAAACCAAAAACAAACAACGCCAUUGCUUACCUACAUGAAUACAGUAGAUGGAGCCUACAUCAUAGUACCGCCAGGCCAAGAGUUUCCAAUUCAACCCCAAACCGCAAUCAAACCGCCGCCACCUCAGCUAUGCGGCAUCGCCGGCUGUAGCAAACGCAAGGUCUACAAUUGCUCUAAGACAAAUGUUCCCCUGUGUAGUUUAGCCUGUUACCAGAAAAAUCUAGCUGUCGUUUGAUUAUAAUGUUAAGAA